AUGACCGACAACCAACCCCCAGCAGAGCUCCUUCGCGAUGGACAACUCACCGCCAUCGCCGAGCUGAACCCCGAGGUUUCUGAUCAGAAUAGACGAGUUGUCGACGGUACCAUCACCAUUACAUGGCCUUUCAGCGUUCUCAACAAAUCAAUCGCAUUUCUACUCGCCGAGCGCGACUUUCGACUUCGACGCGAAAAGGGACAAGUGCGCAUUCGAUUCCAUGGCGCUUCAGCAAAGGCUAUUUCGGAUGCUUCGCUAGGAGGUGGUGAUGAGAUCCGCUUAAGCUUGGAAGGAGUCAAAUGGGAGAAGAACGAGACACAGACGCAGGUUGCUGGCAGCACUCUUGAAUGGCAACUCGAAUUCAAUAAUCGCCUGAUCCUAGGAAUUCGCAGGCCUGAUUCAGAGCAGGAGGAAGUCAUCAACAUCGACACGCCAGCCACGGAGCCCGAAGCCACCAACGGCCAGACAGAUAGCUUUGCGCCUGUUGACAUCACCAUAUCCAACACCGAUUUUGCGAUACCCUCACCACAAUCCCCGAACAUCUCCCUCCCAGCCAAGCGAAAUGCUUCUGAACGAGAACCGGAAGAGUUCUCGUCUCCCGCUUUUCUUAAGAGAGCUCGAGUUUCAUACGGAGGGCUAUUCGAAGGUGGCUUGGACAUUUUUGAUGAGGAAAUCACCAAGAACGCCAAGUCCAAGAAGCGCUCGAGGUUCAGUCUACCCGCAAAUGCAUGGAGAUACGCCAGCCAUUCUCCCAGCCCGGAACCCGAUGAAGCUCCCCAGGAAGCAGACGACGCGCCCCAGACGAACGGAUCCCAUGGUCAGAAUGGCACAGUUGAAGAUACGCCAAUGCCCACGCCACCGCGGCCCUCCAUGAUUGAUCAGGGAUGUCAAACAGUGGACGUCGACUUCACGCCUAUGGCUAGUGUCCAAGUUUUGGCCGAGUCGCGACCUACCUUUGGCUUUCCACAGGCGACUCCAACGCCACUCCCGAGAACAAAGCCGAUCGAGGCAGACAAUGCGCUAUUAGGUCACUCCUUGCAGUUUCAAGGAGACGCCGAGGGUCAUCAACAUCUCCAUCCCGAGACGCAUCCCGAUCUACUCAGUCACUCGCCAAACCACAUCGAUACCGGGCUCACAUUCGGCUUCACGCCUCAGACCGUGCUCUUCCCAUCUGCGCCAGGUCUUUUCCCUGCAGACCACGACCAAGAUGCAGUACCAGAAUCGCCCAGUCGCGGCGCGAGGGCGGAGGACUAUCCAGCAGAAUUCUUGGAUACCACUCAUCUCCCCCCUGAAAGUACCGUUUCCCAUCCAAGUCUUUCUGCGCACGAAUCGCACAUCAGCCCUCAGCCUACCGACCAUCAAGUUUCUUUUGAUUCGGCGUCAACUCUACAUCCUGUAUUCGGCGCCCCCUCGCGAUCGCCACAGCCUGCGUGGGCACCUGAAGUCUCGGCUGGGUCGUUCUCUACUGCAAUCGCUAGAAGCGAUGUAGACAACCCAGUUGAAAUCUUGAGUUCAUCACCCAGCAGAGAAGGAAGCCCCAGGCCCUUCUCACCUUCAGGGGAGGAUCUGGUCGAGGACGCUGCUGGGGAUGCCUCACGGGAACCGGCACUUGAGGAACCCUCGAGUGAGGCAGAGCAUUACCGAGAUGGAGGUGAUGAACCUGGCGACGAUUACGAUCUACGGAACUACGACCGCGCACAUGAUGACGAUGACGAUGUCCAAUCCUCUGAAGAAGACUUAAACAACAACGACGUAGAGGCACAGAUCAUGAACCCUGAGGAAGAUGAAGCAGAUGAAGAUGAGGAACUUGCUGGACAGGAGGAGCAGGAGUUGGAUGAAGAGCCCGAUGAAUAUGAGGAGGAAAUGUACGAAGAAGGCUUCGAAGGGGAGGGCCAGGAGUACGAAGGCAGUGAUGGUGAUGCAGAAGGCGAAUAUUACUCGGGAGAAGAAGGCUCCUACGAUGAGGAGGAGGGAGAAGAGGAAGAGGAAGAAGACGACGGCGCAAGAGUUGGUCCUCCUGGUCGAUUCGCCCCUCCCUCAGAGCCUGUUUUCAUCAGCUUGCUCUCUGAUUCUGAAGACGAAGAUGAAGAUAAGGAUCAAUCGAACCAGGAGCAGGAGCAGGACAAGGAACCAGAGCAGGAAUUCGAACGAGAACCUGAGGCAGAGUCAAAAUCGGAGCCCGAACAGAAACCAAACCUUACACGAGAGUCCGGGCCCGAACAAAAGGAGGAGCCAGAGCCAAAUUCAGCGUCGAAGUCAGAACUUGAACCAGAGCCGGAACCCGAACAAGCAGAUGAGCCAGAAACCCCACCAGAGGAGAAAUCCAAGGAGGAAAAGCCCAAAGAGGAGGUAGCGGCAGAGUCAGUCACUCAGCCAGAGCCAGAGUCAAAGCCAGAACCUCCAGCAGAAAACUCACCACGCGCAGAUCUGGAUGAGGCAAAUCAGGUUGACGAGGCUCCGUCGAUUCAAUCUCCGCAAUCUAUGCCAGCGCAAGGGUCGCAGGCUGGACAGGUUGGAGAACCCGAAGCGGCUCCGGAGAAUGAAAUAUCGGGUGACGUGGAGAUGGACGAUGCGCCCGUCUUGGCUGAGGAAUCGAAAGACAAGCCGGAAAACAAUACCACCGGUAUGAACGAUUCGGACGAGGCUCACCCUGUCACUGCCACGACCGAGGAACAUGCUGAGGCCAUGGAUGUCGAUGAAACGCAUGAGGAGCCCGAGGAGCCAACAACGACAGUAUCUCUGGAGAUUGCUGACACGACUACUGUUGUCAGCAAAGAAGUCGAUGGGACGAUUGCGGAGAGCGCACAGGGACCAUUGGGGGAAGACAAUGACAAGGUCACCCCAGUCGAUGCCCCAGCUGGGGAAGAAGCGUUUGCAGAAACACGCGGUACCCCAGAAAAUGGCGUCGAGCCAUCGAAAUCGCCAACCGCUCCCGCAGCGGGGGAUGCUUCUUCUGAGCUGACAGCAGCGGCUCAGACGCAGCCAACAGGUGCUGUAGACCAAACGGGCCACGGUGAGGGUGAGGGUGCUGGGGAAGCUGGCAGUGAUGAGCACCUGGCAGCCGAUGGGCAGCUGGCAACCCAUGGCCAGAUGUCUCCCCCGCCAACACAGUUUUCUCAAGCACAGGCUUCUCAAGACACCAACAGAGAAGCACCCUUGCUCUCUCAGGCUACAUCCAGCAUCUCGAACGACCACCACGACGCCCAUCUUCCCACUCCUGGCGAGACACAGCAGGAAAUUGAGGUCGAGAUGGCCGUCACCAUCACCACGGCCACGACCAACCAAAACAUGCCGGUCGACGAAGAUGAUGUAGGCCCGGAGGAUCAGAUCAUGGCCGAAAUCCUACAGCACUCCCCCGUUCGACCAGACACCACCCUUCAGCUUGCAAGCCCUGCGGUAUGCUCCCCCACAGCUUCAGUACCCAAAUCAUCUCCCCAGACUGUGCAGACCGAGGAACUUCACGAAACGCCAUCGAGAACUACUCAGCGGGCGCCCGAAGCGGCCCCUGUCGCAAAGUCCCUGCGCAGCCGGCGCCAUAGGUCAAGCAAAUCAUCCGACCAUGCCGACCUCUCACAGGCUGACCCCAGUAUUCUAUUGGCCAUAGGAUCGGCCGCACCGACACAUGGGGACGGUCAUGCCAAGCACAGCAGCCCAACUGGAUCGGUUCGUGUGACGCGCAGCAGGGCGGAGCAGAAUGAUCCUAGCCUGCAGCUGGUGAGAGCAUCAGCGCAGGCAGAGGAAGGCAAAGGCAGAGGAAAGAGAAAGGCGGCCGACAGUCAGAGCAUUGCGAGCGCAGAAAACAGCUCGCCAGGAUCACUGAGAGUGACCCGUCAGAGGGUAGAGGAUGACCCCAGCAUUCGCCUCAUCAAGGCGUCGAGCCCUUCGACGCGACAGACACGAAGCCGCCGGAUGUCGGAUCACAGACGCGAGACCCCUAAGCGUGAGACUCGGUCAACCUCUCGAAGCCUACAGCUUCGAGGAGAUACACCAGGGGCGUCUUCAGUAGCGCUCAAGUCACCAUCUAUUGCAGGGUCUGCUGCUGCAGCGGCCGAGGACGAAAACGUCGGCACGGUCAAGCUGCAGCUGCUUAGAAGCCUGCGCACUACCAUGCCCGACUACUUGUCGCUCAAGUCGCUCAGACACUCACUCAACAAGACAACCGACAUCCUGGCCAUAGCGACAGCAACGCCAGAGAAAGCACACCGACCGAAACACGGGCCCCGGGAUUACAUGCUCACCUUGAAUCUCACCGAUCCAUCGAUGGCUCCGUCCGGGGUUUGUGUGGCCCACAUCUUCCGGCCGCACCUCGCCGCUAUGCCGGCCGUCCAGAUCGGAGAUGUGGUCCUCCUCCGGCGUUUCCAUGUGGUGUCGAUGAAGGGCCGGGGCUUUGGGCUCCGGGCGGGGGAUGCCUCGGCAUGGGCCGUGUUUGAAAAGGCGGGCGUGGAGAUGGAGCCGCAGGUCAAGGGCCCGCCCGUCGAACUUACCGCGGAUGAUGUCAAGUACGCCGAGGGCCUACGGCGAUGGUGGAGCCUCUUGGAUGACAAGGCUAUGGAGAAGAUCGAGAGGGCCAGCCGGAAGGUGACCGAGGCGGGCAAGGACGACACCAAAUAA